CUUCUUUCUUUCUUUCUUCUUCCCUCUCUCCCAAACAUACAAAAGAAAAACAGCAGGGAAGCGAAGCAAAUAGUCUUUAUACAUGCUCGCUCUUCCCUACGCGUUGCAUAUCUUCUCUCUCGUGCCUCCGUCUAUCCAUCUUCUCUCUCUCUCCGCCAAACCCUAACCUCCUCAUCAUCUCUCUAAUCCUCCAUCUCUCCACACCACCUCAUCCCUCCACCGAAGCCACCACUCUACCUCCAUUCCAUCUCCCCAUCUCUCCAUCUCUCAUCCACCACACUUCACCCGAAACCACAAGCCACCAACACCCCUUCUCUCUGGUCAAGCCGCCGCUGCGUCUUCUCCGGCCAUUUCUCAGGCCGUCGCUGCAUUUUCUUCGGCGAUUCUCUGGCCUAAGUUCUCUAUCUCUCGGAUUCUCAUUGGCCAUUCCUCCGGCCGUCGUUCUCAUCUCAGGCCGUAUCUCCGGCAAUCUUCUCCAUCGCGGGCCAAUUUUCAGGCCGUCGCUGCGUUUUCUCCGGCUAUUUCUCAAGCCGUCGCUGGUCACAAUCCCUCUCUCCAUCUUUCUCUGAUAUUCUCACUCGGUAGCAUUUGGCUGAUUGGGUUUUGCUUGAAAUGGUUUCCUCAGACGAUGGAAACGAUGGGAUGGGUCAGGUACGGGCCAAGAGAAAAGCAAUGGAAUUAAACAAAGAGGGACCGACUGGGAGAGUUUUUGCAGAAAUGGCUCCCUCCUCCGACGGAAACGAUGGGAUGCUUCAGGUACGGGCCAAGAGUAAAGCAAUGAAAUUAAACAAAGAGGGACCGACUGUGGGCAUUCAUUUCGGCACCACGUCCUGUUCCCUUGCUGUUAUUGAAGGAAACGUUGCAACAAUAGCAGCCUCACUUCCUUGUUACGUUUCUUUUACGGACUCCGGGCCAUUAAUUGGCGAUGCUGCGAAGGAACUUUUUCCUAUGAAUCGCGAAAAUACAAUUACUGGUCCCCUGAGAUUCGUUGGCUACACAGCGAGUGCCCUCCAUUCCAAGUUGCCUGCUCCCAUUGGUGUGCACAUGAUUGAAGAUUUACAUGAAGACGACGCGCCUUGGAUAAAUGUGACCAUCAAAGGAGUGGAAAAACAUUUGUCUCCCGAAGCUGUAUCUUCUUUAAUCAUUGAAGAGAUCAAGAAGACGGCCGAGAAGUCCCUUGGGGUCUGCAUAGUGGAUGUGGCUUGUGCCUUACCCAACAAGUUAGAGAAUCGGAAUGCCAGGGUGGAUGGUAUUCAAAAUGCAAUUGCAUUUGCAGAUCUCAGGCUGGCUGGGACCCACACUGAAGUUACCGCUGUAGUCUCUGCGUAUGGUUACGAGAAGGAGAUUAGGAAUCCUGUCAUCAAAAACGUUUUGAUUGUAGAUGUAGGUGGGACGGCGUCAAAUGUGACCUUGUUCAGUGUGGGACAAGACAGAUUGGAAUACGAAGAAACUACUACAGAUGAUAAAAUUUGUGGUGAAAGGAUGGACAUGAAUAUGGCGCUUCACAUUCGGGAUGAGUUCAAUAAGAGGCACCGUGGUGUCCAUGCUAACAUGGCUGUGAUCAAUCGACUACUCAUCCCCUGCGAAAAGGCGAAAAUUUCGCUGUCAUCAAAUGAUCUUGUCGAGGUGGAGGUGAAACAGUUGUUAGACGGGGUUGAUUACAGCACCUCCUUCACGCGCCCCAAGUUUGAGGAGCUCAAUGGGUAUCUUUUCGUGUCUCUGGUUAAGAUGAUAAGGUGUUAUUUGAGGAAGUUUGCGAAGGACAAGUAUGGCCGCCUGCAUGAGAUUGUGUUGGUUGGGGGAUGUUCAAACAUUCCCAAACUUAGAGAAGUGGUACAGGCACAGUUUGAGAGCAAGCUUCAAAUAAGGUUGAAGCCUGAGUAUGUUGUGGCUUGUGGUGUGGCUAUUAGACAUGCUCAGGAGAAGGAGAAGGAGAAGGAGAAGGAGAAGGAGAAGGCGAAGGCGAAGGCUGCUGAGCAUCAAGAAGUAACAGGAGAUGACAUAUCCUGCGGUAUGGCACUGAUAUCUGCUUAUGAGAAGGAUGAUGCCCCAGUCACACUGGGGAGAUUCAAAGCCCUGGAGAGGGAUUUGAAAGCCAUUCAGGAUGAUGUUACUUGGAUAAAGGAGAGAUUACAAAAAGGAGGGUAGAACUUCUUGUGAGAGCUACUUGGUAGUUGAAAAAGUGACUUUGUUAUUUUUGUGCAUAGUAAACUGUUUUGAGAAUUUGUAUUUCAGAAUGAAAUUUUAUAUGUGGAGACUUGUUUGUUUAGAUUUUAGGUAUAUGGUACUGUUAUGCAUCAUAGUUCACUGUUUUGAAAA